CAAGGACCUUCAGUUAACUGAACUGCUCUCUGCCAAUAUGACAUCUUCACUUUUAAAGCACCAAUACUCAGUACACAGCAUAGAUCCAAACGUUAUAAAAUGAGGACCAUCUGUGCAUGCAAUUUUAAAUAAUUCCAGAUACUCUAAAAGAGGAUUAGGACAAACGUCUGAAUUUUCAUAGUGUUGAUAAUUCUCUAGUAAAACGUGUCUCCAGUUUCCACCUGUAAGUUUAGCUUGCCUAUUCAUUCAGCUUAAAACUGUGGACCUCCAAAAAAGCGUCUGCAAAAUAAAACUUUCAGACUACACGUCCUUAUGCUGUUUAGGGCCAGGAUUUAACUUGUUUUGGUUAGCACAUGAAGAAAUGGGUUUCAUUCUGUCAUUUUCACAAACACAAUCUGAGGAAGGGAUUUACGAACUGAUUUUACGAGAUGCGAGAAGGGUUUCUAAAACCGUUGGGACGGAAUAGAAAAGACUGCCCAACCGAGGGAGAAGAGAGACAAAGUGCUCUGCUGAGCCUUUCGGUGGUCCACAGUGUGCGGCUUCCACUGUCGCCCCAACCAGACACCUGUGGGAGGUCGGCCCGAGUUGACUUCGCGCCUCCCGCCAACUGCUUCCGGGUCGCGGCGAGUGUCGCUUCCGGAGCAGCAUGGCGGCCACGGAGGACGAGAAGCUGGUGGGGAGCGGAGAGGGAGAGCGGCUGGAUUUCCUGCGGGACCGGCACGUGCGGUUCUUCCAGCGCUGCCUCCAGGUCUUGCCGGAGCGGUAUUCUUCGCUGGAGACCAGCAGGGUCAAAUCUUAAUCGCUGUGGUUUCCGAGGCUCUUCAUACCUGGGUAUUCCAUUCAAUCCAUCAAAGAACCCUGGAACAGCUCAUCCUUAUGACAGUGGACACAUAGCGAUGACCUACACUGGCCUUUCGUGUCUAAUUAUUCUUGGAGAUGAUCUAAGCCGUGUAGAUAAAGAAGCGUGCCUAGCAGGCUUGAGAGCACUUCAGCUUGAAGAUGGGAGUUUUUGUGCUGUUCCUGAAGGCAGUGAAAAUGACAUGAGGUUUGUGUACUGUGCCUCCUGUAUUUGCUAUAUGCUCAACAACUGGUCAGGCAUGGAUAUGAAGAAAGCCAUCAGCUACAUUAGAAGAAGUAUGUCCUAUGACAAUGGGCUGGCACAGGGAGCGGGCCUUGAAUCUCACGGAGGGUCCACCUUUUGUGGCAUUGCAUCACUGUGCCUGAUGGGUAAAUUGGAAGAAGUCUUUUCAGAAAAAGAACUAAACAGGAUAAAGAGGUGGUGUAUAAUGAGGCAGCAGAAUGGAUACCAUGGAAGACCUAAUAAGCCUGUUGACACCUGUUACUCAUUCUGGGUGGGAGCGACUCUAAAGCUUCUGAAAAUUUUCCAGUACACUAACUUUGAGAAGAACAGGAAUUACAUCUUAUCAACUCAAGAUCGCCUUGUGGGGGGAUUUGCCAAAUGGCCAGACAGUCAUCCAGAUGCUUUGCAUGCAUACUUCGGGAUCUGUGGCCUGUCCCUAAUGGAGGAGAGUGGAAUCUGUAAGGUUCAUCCUGCUCUGAAUGUAAGCACACGAACUUCUGAGCGCCUUCGAGAUCUCCAUCAAAGCUGGAAGACCAAGGACUCUAAAGAGUGCUCAGAGAAUGUCCAUAUUUCCACUUGACUGACCUUGGGGUAAUGGGUUUGUAGCAUAACUGUAGCUCAAGGUUAAAAGCCAUGUGUAACCAAGUGUGCUCUUUUUUAAAGGGGUAGUCUUAAGUCAAAGCUUGUACUGCUAACACUUCCACUGUACUGGAUUUAAAGAAAAUUCUUGUUGAAGUUGGGAACCUUAGCAGGACUCUGUUGUGGUCCUUAAAUGUUUAUAGUGUGUUUCUGAGUGGUUUCUUGGGACAGAUUUACCAAAUGUAUGCAGGUUAUCUUCUUAAAACCCUUCAGUACAAGUUCUGGCUUACAAAAUGGAUACAAAUCUUCAAGUUUACACUUCAUAUGGCAUUGAUAAUCUUCAGGUGAGCAUUUAGUGAUCACUUAAAAAAUCUCUACUGCUGAUGGGAAGAAAUUUGCUUUAUUGAAUUAAGUAUCUGGAGUUUUUCUUUAAAAAUCGAUGGUCUCAUAAUUUUCUUCAAGAAUAACAUAUUUUGUGUUAUUCUUAAGAUGUGCCAACUAGACUUGUGUAAGCUAUACAGAUGAAAUUAAAAGUUCAUAGUAAGAAAAAAUAGGCUUAACUAAUACUAUAGUUCUCUAAAGAGAGAGUACAGCAUAACUGAGGGAGAAGGUCAUGUGAUUAUGAAUGAGAAGGGUCUGUCUUGUUUCUUUAUCAUAGGUUCCUUGGGUGAGUACCUGUUGUGUUUUGUUUUAAUCCCAAAUCAUUGGCUACCUUUUGUCAGGGGCAAGGGAAGAAAUAAUCUUUGCUGUCUAGAAAAAAGAUAUUCAGUGUUCUAUUCUUCUGAGGUUCAUGACACUGUAAAUUAUACUUGUGUGGUUAUAACUGAGUUCUUUUUAGUUGCUUUGAUUUUUUUUUUUUUUCCUUUUCAGUAUUUUGUAGCCACUAUAGUUAGCUGCUUUAUCUCCCACCAGGUUGAGCAUCCUUAAUCCAAAAUUUAUUAUCUGGGCCAGGCAUAGUGGCACAUGCCUUUAAUCUCAGCUCUUGGGAGGCAGAUGCAGGCAGAUCUCUGUGAGUUCAAGGCCAUCCUGGUCUGCAUAGUAAGUACCAGACCAGACACAGCUGCAUAGUGAGACCCCAUCCUGAACUGAAAAAACAAAACAGCAACAAAAAUAAUAAAAUCCAUUAUCUGAAAUGCUCCAGAAUCUGAAUUUGUUGACUGACAGCAUGACACAAUUGGAAAAUUCCACCACUUCAUGCAACAGGUCACAGAUGAAUUUCAGGGACACUGUAAAUAGUAUAUAAAACUACUUGAAAUUACUGAAUAAAGUGUAUGAAAUAAAUGCAUUCCAUGUUUAGACUCGGGUCACAUCCACAAGGUAAAGUGUAUAUGUAAAUAUUCGAAAAAUCUGAAAACAGAAUUGAAAAUCUGAAACAUUAUGUUUGGUUCCAAGCAUUUUGGAUAGUGAUACUCAACCUGUAAAUAAUUUUCUAAUGUUUUCAAGUUUGAUAAAUCUUUAAAUAUAAACAGAACCACUGAGGUAUACAUAGUCAUUUAUAUUUUUAUAUUUUUGGCUACGUGGGAGGGAAAUAUAUCCAUCUAGAGGGGAUAAAUUAUGGUUUCACUUAUUCAUUGUCUUGUUUUAUUGUCUUAAUUCUGUGAACUAACAACCAAAAGAAACUGGUGUAAAAAUCUUGGUUAGCAAUCAACUUGUCAAUAAAUCACAUCCAUGACUUGGUGACAAGAAGGAAAUUUCUUCAUUAGAGGAAAUGAGUGUGUUAGUCUUGCUAGUAAUAAAAGUUGUAUUAUUAAUCUACAGACAUCAUUGUAAAAGCUAAAUUAUCAGUGUCACUGGGUAGAUAAUAGCAUUUUCAUUAUUUCCUAAACUGAAGAGAUAUUUCCUAAAUAAAAAAUACUUCUAAAGGGAAACUGAGCAUAUGAUUAAAAAGAAUACAUCACUUAGUUUUAGAACUGACUUUGCAAAGUCAAAUGAAACAGUGCUGGGAGUCUAGCUCGCUUCACUGCCUGGUCUGCACAGGCCCUGGGCUCCCUGGCUUUGAUCCUUGGCCCCCAAACUAACAAAUCAACCAAAUCCUCAUUAGAGAGAAAUCUUCCAGUGGUGGAGAGAAAAGCUUUACCAACAAAUGUUAUCCUCCCAGGAGUUGUUCCAGUUGCUUCUGUUUAAACCCAAGCAAGUAACAACAGUCCUGCCUCAAACUGAGUUCUCUCUUAGCCAUUAAGAACUGAAACAGCGUGUAUGAAAAUGCUCUAGGUGUGUAUCAGGAGCCAGUGUUUUCCCUGAAUUGUUGCUGUCAAUUGUUGGAAGGUAAGAAAAUUGGUUAUUAAUAAAGAGAAGAUUUAUAACAGAAAAGUAAUUUGUAUUUGCAAACUCCUUGAGUAAUUUACUGGCAAAGGAAUAUUAUUGGCAGAAUAAUUCUAAUAUACUCUUAAGAGCCAAGGUUCCAUGUGAUACUUUAUGGAGCAGUGAAUGUUGGUGUUUCAUAGAAACAUAUCAACCAAAAAAUACGGAGUUGUUUUGAAGUGUGGAAAAACUAUUUUUAGCUUUUCCUAAAUAGAUGUGUCUAAGAAAAUAUUUAUUAAUAAAAUAAAUUAAAAGUAACGUUUC